AUGUGUGCCUGUAGUUCCCAUAUGGGAGAAGCAAGAGGUCCCGUGAUUACAUUCCAUUGCGAUAAAGAUGAAGAUUGUGUAGGCGAAAAAUGUUUUGAGGCGGUCCGAGCAAAAGCAUUCUCUCCUCCACAACAUCAGGGGCGCAAGGCACGGUAG